UAUUUUAAUUUUUUGUCGAGAUUGUUUUGGAAGUGCAAUUUAUCAAUUUCUGUCAGCGGCAGCUGUCUAGGCUUCGAUUCGUUUAGGAUUUUUUUUGUUCAAACAUUUAGGAAUUUUAAAGAAAAGAAAAAGACAAACAAAGUUAAGUUCCAGAACUUGUGAGUGUGGAUUUUGUUGAUCCAUCUUGGAUUUUUUUUUUUUCUUUUUUCUGGUUUACUCUCAUUUCAUUUGCCCAUUUUCUGUAACUUUACUGCUUGAAAUUGUUUAUUCUAUAUGUACAAUUAAAGCAGCAUUUUUUCUUCUCUCGCAGAAAAUCUGCAUCUGAGAAGAUCCAUUUUCAAUUACUUUUCAUCUACAACAAAGAAAUAGUUUUUCUUCUGUUUUAUAUGAGAUCUGUUUGUUUUGGGCGUUUGAGUUGAGAAAUUAUUGAUGAGGUCUCGAUCUCUGUCCGUGUCUGAGCCUCAGACUUCUUCUUCAAGUGUUUCAGCAGAGCUUAAGCUGUAUCAAGCUUUCAUCUUCUCAGUCCCCAUUUUCUUUGCUUUCAUUCUGCUCUUUAUGUUCUAUUUGUUCUAUCUUCGACGCAGGCGAGCCGAUUGGUCAUCUCUUAGAAUGAGAACAUCCCCAGGCCCUGAUUCUGACCUAUCAAUAUCCAUGGCUGAAUUGGGGCUCAAGAAAGAAGUAAGAGAGAUGCUACCCAUCAUUAUAUACAAGGAGACCUUCUCUAUACGAGAUACUCAAUGCUCCGUAUGCCUUGGGGAAUACCAAGCGGAGGAUAAACUUCAACAGAUACCUGCAUGUGGCCAUACAUUUCACAUGGACUGCAUUGACCAUUGGCUUGCCAACCACACCACUUGUCCACUCUGCCGUCUUUCUGUCCUCGCUUCUUCUGAUAAAUUGCCUGUUAUUCAAGCUGCAAACUCUCAGGUGUCAUCUAAUCCAGUCAAUAGUAAUGGAUUAGCUGUUCAAACAGUGGCCCAAAAUUGUGAAGAAACACAUGGCGUGCAGCCUCUCGAGCAAACAAUAGGAGAUGCGAGAAUUUCCCAACACAAUAGCGAUGAACAGGAAUGUGUGAAUCAGGAAAGAGUUUAGAAAUACAAGGAAUGAAACCAGCCAGCAUGAGGGUAGCAGAGGAAUAGCUGUUUUCGGUUGUUCCAGCUCGAUAUUUUAUAUCAACUGAGGUUAUCAAGCUGAGACUGGUGUUUCCAUACGUACGAGUUUCUAAGAAGCGAAGGAGCCAUCCGAAGAUUCAGACAUAAGGAACUUCUGAGAGUAUCCUGACCAAAUUGCAAUUUAAACUAACAAAUUGCCAAGCCGAUGCUUCUUACGACAUUGACAUCCCUAGGCUGUAUGCAACAGCAUUGAAGCAAGGGUUCCGUGGGAAAAAAGAUGUCUGUCAAUAUUUGAUGUGCCGUCUUCUAAAGGUGGUUAUAAAUAUCAUUCAUGCUUUGCUGGAAAUCAGUAAAAUGUAUAACUAGAUGUAACUGGAAUUGGAUAGUCUUUUGGAAUUGAAACUUUGUGUAACUGGAGCAGGCUGUGUUUUUGGUCAAUGGGAAGAAUUAUCAGUUUCCUUUUCUUCCUAAUUAAUCUGUGUAUAUAAUAUUUUAAAUUUAAUAAAAAUUAGAUUCACUGUGUUUA